AUGGCCAAAUCCGGCGGACAGCUCGUCGUCGACGCUCUGGUCGAGAACGGCGUCACGCAAGUUUUUGGCGUGCCCGGCGAGAGCUACCUGCCGGUGCUCGAUGCGCUGCGCGAUGCGCCGCAAAUCCGGUUGACCAUCGCCCGCCAGGAGGGUGGGGCGGCGAUGAUGGCCGAUGCGCACGCCAAGCUGACCGGCCGGCCCGGCAUCUGUCUGGUGACGCGCGGGCCGGGCGCGGCCAAUGCCUAUGCGGGCGUGCAUGUCGCUGCGCAGGAUUCAACGCCGAUGAUCGUGCUGAUGGGUCAGGUGGCGCGCGGCGACAUGGAUCGCGAGGCGUUCCAGGAAGUCGACGUCAAGGCGAUGUUUGGCGAUCAGGUCAAAUGGGCGGCGCAGGUGGGUUCGACCGAACGGCUGCCGGAGUAUCUCGCGCGAGCCUUUUCCAUCGCGCAAUCCGGCCGGCCCGGCCCGGUCGUUUUGGCGCUGCCCGAGGACGUCCUGUCCGGCACGGCCGAUGUGGCCGCUGCACCGGCAUCGCAACCGGUGAGCGCUCACCCCGACCCCGAGGCAAUCAGGCGCCUUGGCGACAUGCUUCACGCGGCCGAACGGCCGCUGGUCAUUGCCAGCGGGCCGGGCUGGGACGCCGAACUGGUCGACCGUUUCGUCGCAUUCGCCGAGCGCUGGUCUUUGCCCGUUUCCUGCGCGUUCCGGGCGCAGGACCGGUUCCCCAACACCCAUGCCAACUAUGCGGGCGAUGCCGGUCUUGGCAUCAAUCCGGCGCUGGCCGAUGCGAUCCGCAACAGCGAUCUGGUCAUAGCGCUCGGCGCGCGGCUGGGCGACUGCACCACGUCCGGCUACACGCUGUUCGAGACACCGGUGCCGCGCCAGACGCUUGUUCACAUCCAUCCCGAGCCGGACGAGUUGGGCCAUGUGUUCCAGCCGGCCCUGCCGAUCGCCGCUUCGGUCGGCGCGUUCCUCGCCGCCGUCGAAGCGCUUGAGGCGCCGCGCGAUCCCGUUUGGGCAAAAUGGACCGCCCAACUCAACACCGCCUAUCGGGGCUGGACCGACCACGCCACCGCCAUGCCCGGCACGUUCAAUCUGGGCGAAGCGAUCAUCUGGCUCCGCGAGAAUUUGGCCGACGAUGCGAUCCUGACCAAUGGGGCCGGCAACUAUGCCGCCUGGCUGCAUCGCUUCUACCGCCACCGGCGUUACCGCACGCAGGUCGCGCCGACCUCGGGGUCGAUGGGCUAUGGCUUGCCGGCCGCGGUCGCCGCCAAGCUCGCCGAACCCGGCAGGCCGGUGGUCGCGCUGGCCGGCGACGGAUGCCUGCAAAUGACCGUCCAGGAGUUGGGGACGGUGGCGCAGGAAAGGCUCGGCAUCAUCGUUCUGGUCGUCAACAAUUCCAUGUAUGGCACGAUCCGCAUGCAUCAGGAGAUGCACUAUCCGGGCCGCAUCUCGGGCACGUCCCUGGACAAUCCCGAUUUCGUCGCGCUUGCACGCGCCUAUGGUCUUGAAGCCGAACGCGUCGCCGAAACCGGCCAGUUCGCGCCGGCGAUGCACCGCGCUCUCGGACACAAGGGCGCCAGCCUGAUCGAGAUCGUCACCGACCCGCGCGCGCUGAGCCCGACCCGCACGCUCGAUUGA